UCAACACGCUCCCACAGCCGUCGGCUGCCUUAAGACUAUAAUAUAGCUCAGGAAAAAACCAUUCCACACUCCAAGUUUUCUAUCUCUCUGUUUUCUAUCUCUCUAGAAGAUUCACAAAGAGCAAGAAAAGAGGAAAAAGAUUCAAUCUUGACCUUUGUUCUUGUAUAUCAAAUCUAAACUUUUGAUCUUUUUUCUGAGUUUGUGUAAAACUUGCAUUAGAUUGGUUUGGAUUCUUGAUUUGGAGAUAAGACUAUGGGGUUUGAGAAAGAUGAAGCAAGUUCAUCUUCCCAUGUAUUGAGCAUCCCAAAAGAAGAUACACCACUUUUAGGCAAGACUCAACACCUCUCUUCUCCUUCAAAAACUUUUGCUAAUGUUUUCAUAGCAAUAGUUGGAGCUGGAGUUCUUGGUCUUCCUUACACUUUUAAGAGAACUGGAUGGGUUUUAGGUUCAAUUAUGCUCUUCUCAGUUGCUUUUCUUACCUACUACUGUAUGAUGCUUUUGGUUUAUUCAAGGCGUAGGAUUGAAUCCCAACUCAAAGCUGCAAAAGUUUCAUCUUUUGGUGACUUGGGAUUUGCUGUGUGUGGACCUGUUGGGAGAUUUGCUGUUGAUGCUAUGAUUGUUCUAUCCCAAGCUGGUUUUUGUAUCAGCUACUUGAUUUUUGUAGCUAAUACUUUAGCAUAUUUGUUUAAUUACUCUAUCACAAAACCAGAUCCUACAAUCUUGGGAUUUUCACCCAAAUCAGUGUAUAUUUGGAGCUGUUUCCCAUUCCAGUUGGGGUUGAACUCAAUUCCAACACUGACCCUUUUAGCCCCUUUGAGCAUAUUUGCUGAUAUUGUUGAUUUAGGAGCUAUGGGUGUAGUAAUGGUUGAGGAUGUGAUGAUUUACCUUACAAACAGACCAGUUCUUGAAAUGUUUGGUGGGUUCAAUGUGUUUUUCUAUGGUCUUGGUGUAGCUGUCUAUGCUUUUGAAGGGAUUGGAAUGGUUUUGCCUCUGGAAUCAGAGACAAGAGACAAGGACAAAUUUGGGAAAAUCUUGGGUUUAGCAAUGGCUUUCAUAUCAUUGAUGUUUGGUGCUUUUGGAAUAUUAGGUUAUUUUGCUUUUGGAGAAGAUACUAAGGAUAUAAUCACUACAAAUCUUGGGCAAGGUUUGCUCAGCAGUUUGGUUCAAAUUGGCCUUUGCAUAAACUUAUUUUUAACUUUCCCAUUGAUGAUGAAUCCAGUUUAUGAAGUAAUGGAAAGGAGAUUUUGUGAAGGCAGUUACUGCUUGUGGAUUAGAUGGCUUGUGGUUUUGGCAGUUACUUUUGUGGCAUUAGUAGUGCCUAAUUUUGCUGAUUUCUUGUCACUUGUUGGGAGCAGUGUGUGUAUUAUUUUGGGGUUUGUUUUGCCUGCUUUGUUUCACCUGAUUGUGUUUAAGGAUGAGCUGAGCUGGCAUGGUUUGGCUUUUGAUUCUGCUCUUAUUGUUAUGGGCACUGUUUUUGCAGUCUAUGGCACUUCUUCUUCCCUAAUGGAGAUCUUAGCAAAAAAGGCUUAGUUUUUCCCAUAGCAUUUCAGAAGAUGUAUAUUAUGAACUCUUGGUUUAGAUUGAGUUCAGAUUACUUUUUUAAGAGAUUAUUUUCAUUCCUAAGCAAAGAGUAAGCUCACUCUUUGUUCUUAUUAGUAAUAAGUUUGUUAAGCUAUCCUUUCACAAAUGAUAUAAAGGAUUGGUGUGAGGGGUCUGAGAUUCAUAUUCAUGUGGUUAUUUAUUGCAAGACAUUAUAUUGCUUAAUUGGCCAAUUUGGUUUUCUCUUCUUAAUACUUGGUACUUGUUAUGUUAUGCAUAUAUAAUAUGCUAUGGGAAUUGACCACA